CACUCACACAGAACCGAAAACGCGAACUUUACCGCUCAAAAUUAGGGCUAAUUUUUAAGCUAUCAACCUCAGGCAACGAGCGAGCUCUUUGAACUUAGCAUCAGCAAAGCUCAGCUGCGCAAACAAUGGCGAACGACACAGACAUGAGUGGCUGGAGUGGACUUCUACACUCUUCCUCUAAGCUUCUCGAACAAACCGCCCCUUCUGCUCAGUUCCCUCCUCUUCAGAGGAAUUUGGAUCAGCUGGAAGCGUUGUCGAAAAAGUUGAAGGCUAAAACCCUAAGAGCGGAAGCUCCUUCUCAAUCAAUUGCAGCCACAAGGUUACUGGCCCGUGAGGGAAUCAAUGCUGAGCAGCUUGCUAAUGAUCUCAAAUCUUUUGAGUUGAAGACAACAUUUGAAGAUGUUUUUCCUGCUGAGGCAACUACUGUUGAAGAUUAUCUGCAACAGAUCCAUGAAAUGGCAAUGGUCUCUGCUGUACAAGAAGCUCAGAAGGAUAACCUUAAAAAUUUCAAUGACUACAUGAUGACAGUCUUGGAGGAGGAUUGGCAGAAGGAAAAAAGAAGCUUCCUUCAGAGUCUGAGUCGGAUUUCAACAUUGCCUAGAGCAAAUAUCAGUGAAUCAAGUCCUGGGAGUGCUCGCCAGCGUCCAAUAGCAUCUUUGACUUACAGUCCUCAGGUGUCUUCUGGACCGUCUAGCAUGGAGCUAGUACCUUUAGCUGAUAAGUCCAUUCUUGAGAAAAAAGCUGAUGCCUAUAGGGAAGUUGUCAAGAACCUCAACACUGCAAGAGAGCGUGGGCUACCCUUUAAACCUGCUACAGCUUUUAAACAUGCAUAUGAAGGUUUGGCUCUUGAUACAUCUGGUGGGAAGUCUGUAAGCAUGCAGAAGAUAUGGCAUCUUGUUCUGGCAUUGAUGGGCGAAGAUGCAACUAAACAUAAUGUUUCAAGAAAAAUUUCCUUAGUGAUGGGAGCCAGACACCACCUUGAAUUGGGACAUGAAAAAUUUUUGGUGGAUACAAUUCAAAGCCACCCUGCACAGGCUGCUCUUGGUGGAGCUGUUGGUAAUUUGCAGCGAAUUCAUGCCUUUCUCAGGAUCCGUUUAAGAGAUUAUGGGGUUCUCGAUUUUGAUGCAACUGAUGCUUUUAGGCAGCCUCCUGUUGAUACCACCUGGCAGCAGAUAUAUUUUUGCUUGAGGACUGGAUAUUAUGAUGAAGCGAGAGAGGUUGCUCUACAAUCUCGUGCAUCACAGCAAUUUGCUCCUUUGCUGAGAGAGUGGAUUGCAAAUGGAGGUCUGGUAUCAGCAGAGACUGCGGCUGCUGCUUCAGAAGAAUGUGAAAAAAUAUUAAGAUUGGGUGAUCGAAUAGGUCGGGCUUCAUAUGAUAAGAAAAAAUUGCUGCUAUAUGCAAUAGUGUCUGGUUCACGUAGGCAGGUAGACCGGCUGCUUAGAGAACUGCCUACACUUUUCAACACUAUAGAGGAUUUCUUGUGGUUCACUUUAUCUGUUGUACGUGAGAGUCCUGGCAGAUCCGAUGUCCUGAAUGAGGGGUUGUCACCUUAUAGUUUGGAAGAUUUGCAAGCUUAUUUAAAUAAGUUUGAGCCUUCACAUUAUACUAAGAAUGGAAAGGAUCCUCUCGUUUACCCGUAUGUUUUGCUUCUUAGUAUCCAACUGCUUCCAGCAGUCCUGUAUUUAUCCAAAGAUAUGGGAGAUGAAGGAUACAAUGUGGAUGCUGUCCAUAUUUCUGUUGUGUUGGCAGAUUAUGGGGUCCUUUCUGAAGCAGGGCAAAAGGUUGGGAUUAUGGAUGCUUUUGCUGAAGCCUCUAGCAUAAUUAGGCAAUAUGGAUCUUUAUAUCUGCGCCAUGGUGACCUGGCAACGGCAUUGGAAUAUUAUGUGCAAGCUGCUGCAGCAGUUGGUGGUGGGCAGCUGUCAUGGACUGGAAGAGCAAAUGUGGAUCAGCAAAGGCAGAGAAAUGUGAUGUUGAAGCAACUCCUCAUAGAACUUUUACUGCGUGAUGGUGGUAUCUACCUUCUACUUGGGUCAAGAGGUGACGGUGAUGAAGGUCAGCUUGGAAUAUUUUUCACAGAUGGAAAGACUAGACAAUCCUUUCUACUUGAAGCUGCUCGUCAGUGUCAGGUUGCUGGACUUUUUGACAAAUGUAUAGAGAUUCAGAAGAGAGUGGGUGCAUUUUCAGCAGCAUUAGAUACAACAAAUAAGUGCUUAUCUGAUGCAAUAUGUGCCCUAUCACGUGGAAGGUUGGAUGGGGAGAGCCAGGUUUCUGCACUCAUUCAUUCUGGAAAUGAGAUUUUGGAGACAUUCAAGUAUUAUCCUGAUAUCAGUCCUCAAGAGAGAGAAAAGGUUUUGGAACAGCAAACUGUGUUGAGACAGCUUGAGGCAGUCCUGUCCAUUCAUAACUUAGCAAGAAUUGGAAACCAUUUGGAUGCUUUGAAGGAAGUAGCAAAACUACCAUUUCUUCCUUUGGAUCCAAGGACACCGGGUUUUGCCACUGAUGUCUUCCAAAAUUUGUCUCCCCAUGUCCAAGCAUGUGUUCCAGACCUUCUGAAGGUUGCUCUUCACUGUCUAGACAAUGUUAGAGAUACAGAUGGAUCAUUGCGAGCUUUAAGGGAAAAGAUAGCGAACUUUCUUGCCAACAACUUGGGUAGGAACUGGCCUCGUGAUCUAUAUGAAAAGGUUGCUCAACGUAUAUGAAGUGCAUUGCCUCGACCCGUUUUGUGCAUUGCCACUGAGGUUUAUUAUAUUAUAUAUUAGUUUCGGCGUAGGUGCUAAAGUGUUGAAUUUUCCCGUCGUCAGUCAAUGUAUUUGAAUCGCUCUAAAUAUAAUUUCUCUUGCAUUGGCCAUCAGUUCUGAUAAGGUAUAUGCUGACUUUGUAAUAGAAAACCCUCCAUCCGCCCCCAUUGACACCCCUACCGUACCAAACAAAACUCAAACUGGAGAUUUGUAUCUGGUGAUGCCCGAGGCGUAUUGAGAUCUCUGGUCAACGGAAUCUGUAAUUGUAAUCUGUUGUUUUCAUCCUCAUUUGAUUAAUUCUUAGUCUUCAAAUUCCACAUAUACUGAAGCAAACAAUGCCAAUGUGUUUGA